AUGGCGGCCGUCGGCGGCAGCAAGCGCGCAUUUCCUAGUCGUAUUGGAUCUCAUUACAUUCGUGUGUCUACGCUCGGGGCGGCAGCUAUUACCGGGGCCGAUUCAAUGCCCGCGACCGAGGUCGGCGACCGGCUUAUUGAUGAAAUUGAACUAGCUUUUACGGAGGAAAGUGAAUUACCUCACGUUAUAGAAGCUAGCGAGCGCGAUGACGCGAAUCCAUGGCUACGUCGCACGCAGUGGGCUGUCUAUCUCCGUGGAAUCGACCCGCAGCACCUUAUUGACUGCGUCCACGCACCCGACGGCGAUUCAUCCGAUCCGACUGAAAUAGCGGCAAGUGCUAUAUGGGAUGCAAUGGCUGCCGUCGCGAGAAUUAGCCAGUUGAUUUGUACUAAAACUAGCCAUACAAUUCGCACCGAAGCCGUACGUACGGAGCGCGACCGACUACCGCACCAGCCGCUGCAAGCUUACAUGGAUGCCGAUAACAUUGAGAGACACACCAUCCCGUGGCAGCAAAUUUUGAUGUUUUUCACUCGUACGCAGGCUACGCAUAAAUGGGCUAGUCCAAAUUACAAAUUUACUAGGCGCCAGCGCGCUGCGUGGAACUCGCUUUGGAAACUGGCCCAGCCGGGCGCAUCACCUAGGUCAGCCACGGCUAGUUCAGCCACGGCUAGUUCAGACGAUAAUAGCGAGCAUUUAGAGAGUGACACCGAGAAUCAGCCCACGCAGCGAAUUGCUAGCGAAUCACUAGCGAAUCAGCACAAUAGCACCGAAUCCCCGUUUUACCUCGCACCCAUUGAUUUAGCGUGUCUCAAUUUUUGUAUUGAGCUAUUAAACCAUCGAAUUAAGGUUGAGGACUAUGAGAGCGCGCUAGUUUGUGCCACGGCAGUGCUCGGCCGUGGAGAGGCAGGCUGGCGUACUGCUGAGAGCUAUCCACCUAUUUUAUCGAAGCUGAUCAAGAUCGCACGCUUUAUGGUAGUCCACAAGGCUUUGAAAUUGGAUUCUACGGCGGAGGCAAUGCUAUAUCAGCUAGCGGAGCAUCAAAUGGUAGGUGAUUGGGAUACCGAGAGUCCGCUAGAUUCACCUGAAUUUCAGACAUCAGAGGAUCUAUUUUACAAUUUUGAAACUGGCCCAGUUCAGCCACCCACGGCUAGCCAGUCUUCCCAAUUUAUUCAAUUUAGCCAAGCUCAACGGCAGACCCAUCGAUUAUUUCGAGAGUGGAUCUACGGACGUAUGGGUUAA